ACAGUAAAAAAGUCAUGACUGAAAAAAAAAGAGUACUUAUGAUUUGUUUAGUAGUAAUAUGAUUUUUAUUUAUAGGAAAUCUUUGUCGUUCUCCUAUAGCAGAAGCAGUUUUUAAUGAUCAAAUAAAUAAGUUAGGCUUAAGUGAUUCAUGGGAAGUAGAUAGUGCAGCUAUUAUAGGAUAUCAUAUAGGUAAAAACCCAGAUCAUAGAUCUAUGUCUAUAAUAAAAGAAAAAGGUAUCACCAAUUAUUCUCACAAAGCACGGCAAAUCACAAGAGAUGACUUUAUUAAAUUUGAUUGGAUACUUGCAAUGGACAAUAGUAAUAUUCAAUAUUUAAAUACUAUGAAACCUCCUAAUACUACUGCUAAAAUUGAACUUUUAGGAAAAUAUGAUCCUCGAGGAGAACUUACAAUUCGAGAUCCUUAUUAUGAUGUUGACAUUGCUGGAUUUUAUAAGGUAUAUGAACAAUGUUUGCGAAGUUCAAAAGCAUUUUUGGAAAAACAUAAAAGAAAUAGUUGUCGUUCUCCUAUAGCAGAAGCAAUAUUUUAUGAUGAAAUAAAAAAAUUAAAUCUUCUUAAUUCUUGGGAAGUAGAUAGUGCUGCACUUUUGAAAUAUCAUGUAGGUAACAAUCCAGAACCCAGAGCUAUGUCUACACUUAAGAAAAGAGGCAUUGUAUAUUAUACUCACACAGCAAGACAGAUAACAAAGGAAGAUUUCUACAAAUUUAACUGGAUAUUUGGAAUGGAUAAUAGAAUAGUUUAUGAUCUAUUUCAAAUGCAACCAGAAGAUAGUCAAGCAAAAAUUGAACUCCUUGGAAAAUAUGAUCCAAAUGGAGAGUUAAAUAUACAAGAUCCAUUAUUUGAUAAUGAUUGUGUUGGGUUUGAAAAAGCAUUUGAACAAGCUGCAAGAAGCAUAAAAAUAUUUCUAAAUCAACAUAAGGAUAUAUAUUUAUAAUGUUAUAUUUACAUACUAAUUUAAUAAAAAAUAUAUUUUUUUAUUAUUUCAUUUUGAAAUAGUAAGAAAUAAUUUAUUUU